AGUAUAUUUCAAAAUACAAAGAGUCCACUAAAAAUAAAAAAAAAGUAAAAAACUUCAUCACAUAAAUUCAAUAAAUUACUUUAUUAACUAAAAGUAAAAAGAAACCAUAAUGCGUUCCCUACCGAUGUUCUUGCGUAUGGCCGAGGAAAUGACCCGGAUGCCACGCCUCACCUCGCCCUUUCAAGCCUUCUUCCACGAGCCGCAGGUUUGGAGUGUGGCCCUUCCGAGGAACUGGCAGCAAAUCGCCCGCUGGCAGGAGCAGGAGUUCGCCCCACCGGCAACCGUUAACAAGGAUGGCUACAAACUCACCCUGGACGUCAAGGACUACAGCGAGCUGAAGGUGAAAGUGCUGGACGAGAGCAUCGUCCUGGUGGAGGGUAAAUCGGAGCAGCAGGAGGGCGACCAAGGAGGCUAUUCGUCCAGGCACUUUCUCCGGCGCUUCGUCCUGCCGGAGGGAUACGAGGCCGACAAGGUGACCUCCAGCCUGAGCAGCGAUGGCGUCCUGACCAUCAGUGUACCCAAUCCGCCGGCGUUGCAGGAGACCCUCAAGGAGCGAGUGGUGCCCAUUGAGCAGACUGGCGAACCGUCCAAAAAACCUGCAGAUGAGCCCAAGAACGAGACCAGUCGGCAAUAAUACCCAUACUUGCGAAUGGAAAAAAAUGAAUGCUAGUGAAACCCUUAUGUUUAGAUUUCCCCAUCCUUACCAAAUUCAAAACCUUGGUAAAUAAUAAGUUAAUUCCUAAAAGUUGUAGAAUUGUAAACCUCUAGUUUUUAUUUAGAAGAGAAUAAAUGUUAAAUGAUUUUUAAACAAA